AUGGCAGAAUAUGCAGAAGACGAUGCGAUUCCCAGGGGGUGGCGUACUCGUCAACCGGGCUUUACCAUCUGGGCCCUUCUAUCCGUUGUCCGCGUCUCGUUUGUCGGUUUUUGCUAUAGCAUCUACUACAUCCCACCCUCAUUACGUCAGAGUCCAAGAUGGUCAUAUCGCCAAGCAUUUCGAUCACGACUGUUGAAAGUCGCCUUUGGCGUCAUCACCGAGCUCGGCUUCACACAAUCUUUAAGCAUGGAGGCUGGCAAUCUCGGUGAUCGGUGGGUUAUCAUGGACCCAGCCCCGGAGGAAUCAUACCCUCGUGCUUUCACGAGUCAGACAGUCAAACCAGAAAGCAUCGGUGCUACCUGGUACCCCGACGCGCCAUCCAAGAAACCCGAUCCGGACAACCAAGGCUUGGUCGUGCUGUCAUUCCACUCCGGCUCUUUUCUGUGGCUAGACGGACGACCGGAUGACUCUGGCGAGACUGCAAAUACGUUGAACAGCAAGUUAGGGGCUGGAACAAGGUCUCUUUGGGUGCAAUAUCGUCUGGCGGGGGGCAAAAACCCCACCCCUUACCCGGGACCUAUGCAAGACGCUGUGACGGCAUAUCUCUACCUCGUGAAAGAUCUGGGCAUCUCACCUACCCGCAUUAUACUGGCGGGUGAUUCUUCAGGCGCAACUAUUGCAGUGGCCCUCUUGCGCUAUCUCGUCUCCGAUGACAAUCUUGAUCCCGAGCUCGCGGAACUACCACAGCCCAGAGCAUGUCUUUUGUUCUCACCUUCUGUCGAUUAUAGCUUUGAGGGCGACUCACAUGCCUUCCACACACAUCGUAAUCAAAAGACCGACUACUGUGACGGACAUAUGGCUGCCUGGGGCGCCCGGGCAUUUGCGCCACCGAAGACUGUCCGACUAACAGACCCGUAUCUCUCACCCGCACUCCAUCCAUUUGCGACGCCAGUCCCUAUAUUCGCUCAAACCGGAGGUGCUGAGGUUCUCUGUGACAGUGUCAGAGAUUUCACAGAUGCGAUGGGUGCUAUUCCAAGCAAUCGGGUUGAGUUUUUAGAGACACCAUAUGUGCCGCAUGAUGUUUACGUUACGGGGAACAUACUCGGGUGGCCAAAAGAACAGGAGGAGAUGAUUGAUGCCGCCGUCAAAUUUGCUUUGUCAUUACCAGGAGAUAUUCUGGAGACGUAA